AUGUCAAUCAAAUACACCAUCACGCUCCACAAUGACCAUGGGAAAGAUGGUCGCUACGCCUUCUUCGUAGACCCUCCCCAGGUCUCAGAAUCUCUCACAGCCCCUGAGGUAUUUACCAAUGCGUGGAUCUCAACUUUUGUACCAAACGGGAGCACACAUGAUAUUACGACGACGAGCGAAAUGUUUGCCUGGUGCGGAACGGUUCCAAAGCCGCCAUGUGUUGGCGUGACCGUCCAUGAAGGAGCCAGUCAACCAGCCGCCCUCGGCUAUAAGAUGAAAGAAGAAAUUACGCCUGGAGGCACAUUCGAGAUGAUCGUGGACAGAGGGGUACCAGACUUGAUUCCUAUCCCCAGCUCUGCGAAAGCUGCUGCGUACAAGAUCGAGACUGGAAGUGAUCUUCCAACUCCAAACUACAAGUAUCUCUUUGGCCUCGGCAUGACCAACGGCUGCGGCUUGGUCUCUCCAGUUGCCUCCGCAGUAGCCACUAACAACAUGUCGAUAAAUUUGACACCAAUCAUGAAAUUCCACGUCAGUCAGAGCGAUGUCGAGACGGGAGAGAUUAUUGACUUGCCCUCCGUUUCUAAGAAGGCCGGCGCGAUUGACUUUAGCUCAGGGCUUGGUGCUGGAAAAGAUGCAGCCACCGUUGUUCACAAAAGUAAUGGUACAUUUGACAUCAUGUACCAUGUGAGCUACAAGAAUUGA